AUGGCCACCCGUGUGCUCCUCUUGGGCAUCCUGCUCCUGCUGCUGCCCACGCCUGCCCCUGCCCCCUGUUACACCGCUGCGAGAUCCGAGUGCCAGAGUGUUCUCAAGGCAGUGCCUGGCUCAGAGCUGGCGGGGGAGGGCGUGGAUGUGACCAGUCUCAAGCGCUCAGGCUCCUUUCCGGUGGAUACAGAGAGCUUCCUACGGUCCGAUGGCACCUGCACCCUCUGCCGCAACACCCUAAAAGGGGGCGCCCGCCAGCGCCUGCCCCUGGCGCUCACCCACUGGCGGGCCCAGGGCGCAGGCUGCCAGCGCCAUCUGGUCAGGGCCAAGGCCAGCUCCACAGAGACCGUGGCCAAGGAUGCCGCUUCCAACAUCCGCAAUGACUGGCGGGUGGGGCUGGACGUAAACCCCAAGCCCAGCACCAGUGCUCGUGUGACUGUGGCCGGCUCGCACUCCAAAGAGGCCAAUUUUGCGGCUGAGAAAACCCACCAGGACCAGUACAGCUUCAGCACCGACACAAUGGAGUGUCGCUUCUAUAGGGUUCACCUGGUGCACUCUCCGCCACUCCACCCCGAGUUCAAGAGGGCCGUCAGGGACCUGCCCCCCCACUUCAAUGCCUCCACCGAGCCUGACUACAGAAGGCUCAUCUCCAACUACGGUACCCACUUCAUCCGCUCCAUGGAGCUGGGCGGCAAGAUCUUUGCCCUCACCGCCCUGCGCACCUGCGAGCUGGCCCUGGGAGGGCUCACGGCCGACGAGGUGGGGGAAUGCCUGGCCGUGGAGGCCGAGGUCAGCAUAGGCAGCUGCGCCAGCUCCUCGUCGGAAUUCAAGGCCUGUGAGGAGAAGAAGAAGCAGCACAAGAUAACCGCCUCCUUCCACGAGGCCUACCAGGAACGCUAUUCCACAGUGGUGGGCGGCCACCACUCCGCCAUGGCCGACCUGCUGUUCGGGAAACAUGCCGCGCCCGAGCAGUUCUCAGCCUGGGUGAGCUCCCUGGUGGACAGGCCCGGCCUGGUGGACUACAACCUGGAGCCGCUGCACCAGCUUCUGAAGAAGCCGGACCCCCGGCGGGAGGCGCUGAGGCAGGCUGUGAGCAAGUAUGUGAUGGACCAUGCACGCUGGAAGGACUGCAGCCGGCCCUGCCCCCUGGGCCAGCAGAAGAGCCCCCACGACCCCUGCCGGUGCGUGUGCCACGGCUCAGCGGUCACCAACCAGGACUGCUGUCCCCGGCAGAGGGGCCUGGCCCACUUAGAGGUGAUGAACUUCAAGGCGACAGGUCUGUGGGGAGACAUAUUUACCUCCACGGACGCCUACCUGAAGGUCUUCUUUGGGGGGCAGGAGCUGAGGACAGGCACGGUGUGGAACAAUAACAACCCCAAGUGGAUGACGCAGCUGGACUUUGGGGACGUGGUCCUGGUCUCGGGGGGGCCCCUGAGGGUGCAGGUCUGGGACCAGGACAACGGCUGGGACGAUGAUCUCCUUGGCACCUGUGACCGGACUCCGCAGUCCGGCCCACAGAAGGUGACGUGUAACCUGCAUCACGGUCACCUGGAGUUCUUCUACAAGGCCACAUGCUUGCCUCACCUGACAGGGGGAUCUUGCCUGCAGUACGCCCCCCAGGGGCUUCUGGGGGAGCCUCCGGGAAACCGAAGCGGAGCAGUGUGGUGACAACGGGGCCCUGAGAGGCCUGCUUGCCCGGACUGAAGGGGUUCUCACAGAGGGAGCCAGGGCCUAUUGUCUUCAUAUCCCCAUUAGACAGAGAGAAAAUGGGCUUUCCCCUCCCCCCACCUUUUUCUCAGUCGGGUGGCUGGAUUUCUAGGCAGCCCUGAGUCUCCCCGUCCAAACUGCCUUGGCUCUCCAAUAUUCUGGAGCCCAGGAAAUGAGCUGCUGCUGGGCGCCACGGCCACCAGUCGCUACACAGGCCAGGCUGGGCAGAGGGCCAGGAGGCCACUCCCACCAGGCUGCUUGGAGUCACCUAAGAGCUUCCCUUUCUAACACGGUGAUUUUUCAUCAUUUUAGAUCUCGCCCUUCUCUCCCAGCGGCUCGGUUUUCUGUCUUCUUUGCCCACCAAACUUUGCCUCUCAGACAGACCAGGGGCUCUCUUGACCUGUCUCAUUGUACACAACCCACCAGAGAACCAAUAAAUGCGACAU